CUCGUAUCUCUAAGUGACACCUCAACACUGCCACGCGGGGGGCGGGACUUCCGGUGAAGCGCACCCGGAAGAUUUGGAUGCAAGUUACAGCGCUCGCCCGCGCAUCUCUAUGCUCAUUAUUUUAAAUGUGUUAUUGUAAUUUUGCUUCUUUUUCUAGACCGUAGCAUUAGCAGAAAAAUGUUAUCUUUAGACUUCCUCGACGACGUUCGUCGCAUGAAUAAGCGGCAGCUCUAUUACCAGGUACUGAACUUUGGUAUGAUUGUUUCCUCUGCCUUGAUGAUCUGGAAGGGACUGAUGGUUGUCACUGGCAGUGAAAGUCCAAUAGUUGUUGUUCUCAGUGGAAGUAUGGAGCCAGCAUUCCACAGAGGAGACCUCUUGUUUCUCACCAAUCGGGUAGAGGACCCCAUCAGGGUUGGAGAGAUUGUCGUGUUCAGGAUAGAAGGCAGAGAGAUCCCGAUAGUACACAGAGUACUAAAGAUCCAUGAAAAGGAAAAUGGAGACAUUAAGUUCUUGACCAAAGGAGACAACAAUGCGGUGGAUGACAGAGGGCUGUACAAGCAGGGCCAACACUGGCUGGAGAAAAAAGACGUGGUGGGACGAGCGAGGGGGUUUGUGCCAUAUAUUGGAAUUGUCACAAUUCUCAUGAAUGAUUACCCCAAGUUCAAGUACGCUGUGCUCUUCUUGCUGGGUCUGUUCGUCUUGGUCCACCGGGAGUGAAGUUCCAGCGCUCAAACAGCGACGACGUCCAGGAAACCUCAUGCCUUUCAAAACAGAACAUUAGACUUUGUCAAACGCAACUGGCUUUUUUGUAUCAUUUGUUUCAACGUUUUGUAGAAAAGUGGAUAGGGUGUUUGCAUCAGAAAAAAAUUGGAGCUUUAAAAAUAUUUUUGUGGAGAUCUAAGUUUGAUUUAAUUUAAAGUUGAUCUUUAUUUUUGGAAUGUGAAGCCACAUUCUUAUGGUUAAAUUAAGUUUAAGUUUUUUUUGCUGUUAAGUCUUUGUUUUGAGAAGGACGUGAAGUAUUUUAUGACAAUUGAAUAUUAAACUUAAACUCUGGUCACCAUCCACAUGAUUAUAUUAAGUCAUUGUCUAAUUUGUUUGGCCCCUAUUCACCAGUACCAGUAGUUAUUGCUCCAAACAAGCAUUUAAGUUCACUCUUGUUUUGUUGAGUGAUGUUGUCUUCAGAUCUUUUUAAAAUACAUGGAAAAAUAAGUUUUGUAUCAUUGUUUUGUUGAGACGAUACUUUCAUUAAAACGACCCUUUUAAAGCAG